GCAGCAACAGCAGGGAGUGUGACUGAGUCUGUGUGUGUGUGUGUGUGUGUGUGUGUGUGUUGUGCUCUAGCUACUGCGCAAAACCUCAGUCCGGAUUUAAGGCUGACGUCAGAGGAGCCAUUAGCGCGCGGUGACAGUCGGGUCUGGGAAAUAGAACAGCGCUCAGCGCGAGCAUCCUACAACCGGGGAGAAAGAGGGUAGAGACGCGGAGAGGAUGUCGUGUGCGCCGUUACACAGCCUAAUAUUAUUUAAUCUACAAAAGCGGCACAAUUGCACAAAUAGAGAUAGGAAAACCGACUAGAGCGCGAGAGUAUAGAGUAGGCUAGAUAAAUCGUGUCCUCAACCCACCGGAUUGAGCUCGUCAAUCAAAACAGCGGAUGGGGAGCCCGUGAGGCUUAGGCAUUAGGAACAGCAACUAAUCCCGUGAACAUACAAAAAAAAAAAAAAAUAACGGAUAAUAUUGCAUCGAAGCUGAACAUGAAGACUUUCAGGAUCUAACAAAAGCGAAUUGUGCCGAUUCGGGUCGAACCGAGCUCUCUGUGGUAUGUUCAAUCAGUUGAAUUUAAAUUUUAUAUCGAAAUGGGAGCUUUGACAAGUAGACAGAACGCAGGAGUGGAGGAGGUCGACAUACCGUCCAAUUCAGUAUACAGAUACCCACCUAAGACCGGAAGUUACUUCGCCAGCCACUUCAUCAUGGGCGGGGAGAAGUUCGAGUCAACCCACCCCGAGGGCUAUCUCUUUGGGGAGAACACAGACCUCAACUUCCUAGGAACCCGGCCCGUAGCGUUUCCCUAUGCCACCCCUCCCCCACACGAACCAGUCAAGACUCUACGCAGCCUCAUCAACAUCCGCAAGGACACACUACGCCUCGUCAGAUGUAAUGAAAACCUGAAGCUACCUGGGGGUGAGGUGGAAAAAGGCCGCUGCUGCUACAACAUCGAGUUCACCUUCGACGCGGACACACAGGUGGCCAUCACAAUCUACUACCAGGCCAUCGAGGAGUACCACAACGGAGUGCCCAUCAGAUACCUCCCUCAGGACAGCUCCCUGCAGUCAGAGACGGUGCACUUCAAACGGGGCGUCUGUCAGCAGUUCUGUCUUCCCUCACACUCGGUCAACCUGUCUGAGUGGGCCGACGAAGAGCUCCUGUUUGACAUGGACAAGGACGUCUACCCUAUGGUGGUGCAGGCCGUGGUGGAUGAGGGGGAUGACCAUAUGGGACAUUCUCAUGUACUGCUAGCAACCUUCGAAAAGCACAUGGAUGGCAGCUACUGCGUGAAGCCUCUGAAACAAAAACAAGUGGUGGAUGGAGUCAGUUACCUCCUGCAGGAGAUCUAUGGCAUAGAAAACAAAUACAACAGCCAGGAGUCUAAGGUAGCAGAUGACGAGAUAAGUGACAACAGCGCGGAGUGUGUGGUGUGUCUGUCGGACGUGCGUGACACACUCAUCCUGCCCUGCAGACACCUGUGCCUGUGUAACGCCUGUGCAGACACACUCCGCUACCAGGCCAACUGCUGCCCCAUCUGCAGACUGCCAUUCCGAGCGCUGCUGCAGAUCCGUGCCAUGAGGAAGAAGCUGAGCCCGCUCUCUCCAGCCGGAUACAACUCCGUCAUCACCUCCCAGACAUCCGACUCGGAGGAGCACUCUACGUCGGAGCACAUCCCGCCCGGCUAUGAGACGGUGUCUCUGCUGGAGGCCCUGAACGGGCCGCUGAACUCCGGGCGCUCCACGGCGCCCCAGCAGGGCAUGACCGGCGGCCACGUCUCAGGGUCGCUGCCCUCUGUGGGCAGCGAGAGCCGCCAGUCCCUGCCAGCUCACGCCUGCCCCCCGCAGGAGCACUGCAGUAACGCAGGCCAGGUCCUCAAGCUGAAGAAGAGCAGCUCAAAGUCCUUAUCCCAAAAUUCCUCAGUGCUUCCUGAAGAGGAUGAGAAGUCCUGCAGUGAAUCGGAUGUGCAGGGCGGUCAGCGCAAAGUGCCUGCAGACCAGCAGGAGGGUGUGACUCCUGAUAGUGAUAACCUCACACUGUCGUCUUCGGGAGCAGUGGACCAGUCGUCCUGCACGGGAACCCCACUCUCCUCCACCAUCGCCUCUCCUGAGGAGCCGGUGAGCAGUAGUCUAGCCCAGUCGGUGAUGUCCAUGGCGUCCUCCCAGAGCCAGCAGUCCCAGCUGAGCACGGACACACUCUCCUCCAUGUCCGGCUCCUACCAGGCCGCCGCGGAGGCCGACGACGCCCCAGACACGCCCAUGGAGAGCAGAGGACCCUCUCAGCAGGACGGAGAGGAGCUGCCCAGUGAAUCCAAAGAGCAAAACAUGGCUGCAGCUGCUGCUGAAGAGCAGGAACAAGAUUCUGAGGGUAAUGAGAUGGCAGAAGAGGACUGUCCUUCUCCCACUAAAGACCAAGGUGGGCUCGGGACGAGCAAGGCGCCGCCUUGUGGCGAGUUUGAGAAUAACAAUCAGGGCCCGUCCGACUCGCUCUGCCUCACAGGGCUGGACAAUGAGCAGCCCCCUGAUGCCCGAUUCGCCGGUUUGUUUUAUCUUGGAGCAUUCCGCCAUGGCCUUGACACAUUCUCUCACCAUGGCAACGAGUCGUUCCCUCUCCAUGGCAACCAGAUGUUUCCUCACCAUGCCUCCACUAGCAACAUCAACCUGGAGGAGAGAGGCGCAGCCAUGCCUAACACCGCCCCCAAAAGCACCCCCUGCACCCCUCAUGCCUCCCGCACCAACCGAAACCCCCGCCACGGCCCCUACGCCAUCUGAGCAGUCCCCCCACCCCCCUCUUGAACACUAAACACACCUCCGUCACCUGCUUUCCCAGUUCUCAUCUGAAUCAUGUCGCUCUCUACUACAACAUGAGCCCUACACUAUGUGAUAAACAGUGGAGCGUAUGUCAGAGGAAAAUAAUGCCCCCUGCCCCCAUGCUGGGGCAAACUGUCUAACCCCCAACCCCAGGCAAUAGUACGCCUCAGUGACUAUAUGUCUUGGAACAACCCACCCAUCCCUCUCCAAACUCUCCCUGUUCCUGAAUGGACAGCAGCACCACACAAAUCCUCCUCAUAGUGACAAGUGUGACGUGAUGUGACUACACCCCCUCCUACACACACACACACCAGACAUCUCCUAACCUCUUCAGGGCAUCAUAUCAUAUGAUGCCCCUCCACAAUAAUAAAAUAACAACAACUAAAAGCUCUCUAAAGAACGCAUCUGCAAAGCCACAGAGAUUCAGUACAGACAGCUCAGUGGACCUGACGCUCCGCAGCUGCUAAGGAUGAACUGGUGACCGCUGGUGAGGUGCCGAGGUUCAUGCUCAUGCCCACAACCAUCAGCCUCAGUUAUUAAAAGGCGCCUAACGUCUUGACUGGCACACUAUCCCAGACUGUGCUGCGUAAGUUUUCAUGGAGCAUAGAAUGCGGAGCUCAUCCACUCAUAUGUUGAAUAACCCCAGACAGCUGCGGGGUCAAACCCAUGGUAACGGCUCGGUCGGUCAGUCUCAUUGUCUCCCGCUGAAUGUUACUGUCGGGUUAGUACGGGUGGGCUUCUGCCACGUACUGCCCACUAGAAAGUUAAAGCGGAAGUUGACUGAUUAUCACAUUUUUAUCCGAAGUGAUAAGAACUUGGUUCAAGAAUCAAAUCCGGGUCGACUGAUUGUCAGUCGGAGAUGUUACAGCUGCUCCACCACGCCUGUGAAGAAACAGGACGUUGAAACAUGAUUACAGGAUGUAGAAACAGAGGAAGCAGAACGUCUGCAGACGGAUAGGAUAGGUGGUGAGGAAGAUGAGGUUGUGGACAAUUCAUGAUCCUGGUCUUCCAAACUAACUAACACACUAUUUUAUGUUCAACUCUAGCUUGCAUGCCCUUGGAAAAGUUCUAAAGCUGCCAGGUUCUCCUGGCCGGUUCUAAAGCUAAAAAGCUGCCUUGCUCGGGCCACACACAGACACGGUUGGUCAUGAGGUUGCUGGACUGAGGCUGAGGAUGCUUCCUAAAACAUAGGGGGUCACACACUCACUCUUAUGUUGCUGGUGUUGUUGUUGUGUGGUGUUGUGUUACAUGUACCUGAGCACAGUUGACAUCAGUCAGGCGACAGCCCUGUUUGCACAGACAGAGGAAAGACAUACUGCUCCCCGCUUCACUUGGACAAUACAAGCGUACAAGGAUAUUUAUCAAACUCCCUACACUGAAGUCAACCUGACGACCUCCACCUUCCUCCCUGUUAGAGUCUCUGUGCUUUGGCAGUUGACCAACAGGCACCAACAGAGUGGAUUCUACACCCAUCAGCCUGCUGCCACGCUGUUCUCUCCUUCUCCUGGUUACUCAGGGGACCUGGUACAGCUACUGAUGGAGUCCGGCUCCUCCAAUAGGGUUAUGCGGUGCUGCAGAAGCCUUCUGACCUGUUAGGGGAACCUGGAGAAGGUGCAUCUCUGACCCAGGUGUGGGGUCAGGCAGGUAAAUCCGUGCAAGGUUAGAGGUCACAUUCAUUGCAGCCACAUGAUAUGAGUUCAAUUUUACGUUUUGGUGAACAGUAUGCCCACAUGUACAUGGUUGCAUCCAGACUGCACAUCUGUCAUUGCUGCUCAGAGUGACUCUAAGACUGUUGACUGUCCUGAUUGUAAACUCCAUCAUUUUACACCCACAGCUGAAAAGGAUCCUGAAUGGAAUGUUUACCUUUUAUUAACCAUUUACUAACCUUUAAUUAAUACUUUCCCAUCCCCUCCUUCUAUUCCUCCACCGGACCAACCUCAAGUAGAUGUUCCUCCCACCCCAAACUUGGUUCUGCUCAAGGUUUCUUCCUGUUAAAUGACUCCCCGCCCCCUCAGCCCUAGGGUUCAGCUCUUGUGCUCCACAAAGCGCUUUGAGACUAUGUUGCUGUUAAUGGCACUAUAUGAAUGAAUGAAAUAAAAUUGAAUUGAAUAAAAUAGAUGCUACCCAGGUCCGUUCCGGAAUUGGAGUUGAUGCCAUAAACCAAGUCAGAACCCAGCUUGUUCAAGGAGGGACUACAUGUACCACAAUCCUUUGGGGGAGGCCUUUUCGGGCUAGCUAGCUGAGGUGCUAGUGCUUAAUGGUCGAGGUGUGGAAAACUGUGUGUGUGUGUGUGCCGUGCUGCUGACGAGCUAAUGUGUCCCCUGUGCAUCGAGCAGACACUACUAGAUAGUUACAUGCCUAGGUCUUAUCGGACAACAUCACAGAGGCAGGCCAACACAGCUGAAGGCCACACGCCUUAGAAGUGUGUGUGUGGAAAGGGCAUAUAAGAUCCUCAGCUUCUCUCAGUAGAAUAAGCCUUCACGUAGAACUGCUCUUCACGCUCACACUGGUUAUUUCUGAUAUGGUUCUGGAGACAAAGAGGUCCAGUAUGGAACCUUGAGUUGUUUUUUUCAGACAGUGAAAAACUUUAUCUGUGACUACCAGGUGAGGCAGGUUCUUACCCCGAAUAUUUGGAACCAAUAGAGAAUGUCAGCUCUUCCUUCACUGUUGUGGUUCCCAUUCCAGACCAUUAGAGGGAGAUAUAGAGCACUGAUGCUCUUCUCUAUGGUCCAGAGGUAAGGCAGGUCAUGAGGAGCAGAGGGUGCCUGAUGAAUGUCCAGCCCAUAGAUAUUAGAAAGCUAGAUACCGCAUUGGGCUCCACAACGUAUACGUAAAUAGCGUCGCCAUCUUGGUGGGGGCAACAAUAACUGGAGGCCAAUGGAGGAGCAUGUGACUGACUGGAAAUCAAACAGGUGUCUCUGAUUGCCGGCAAGUGUUGCCAUAGACAGCAAACGUGUUGCCCCCAGCAUUAUCGCGGCCGUGUUUACGAUGCCACCUAAUAGAACUCGACGGACACUGCGGUAUCUAGCUUUCUAAUAUCUAUGGUCCAGCCUGUAGGUAAUUUCCUGAAAAAUAUGUUCCCUAAUCGCCUGUGUUCAUCUGAGCCCCUGGCCCUACUUCCUUUCUUGUGUAAACAAAAUGAUUUUCUAUUUUUCUUAGAAUAGGUCUUGUUAUUGUCUCAUGUUGAUGUGCUGAUUGAUUAUCACAUGGAUUGUAAUGUAUUGAAUUAUUUUAAAAAAUAAACUUUAUUCACAAGUGCAGUCCGAGCACCCAUG